UCAACAAGAGUCUAAUUAACCUUCAUUUGUUUAUCUUUGACAGUUGCCACAGGGCGAUUUGUUACUGGAGAAGGAAAUAGAUAACACUAGGAAUUAUAUUUUCUUUAAAGCAUUGGGAUUGUGUCUGAACAAGUUAAAUCUUUGUUCAGCAGCUGCUAGGACCUGAUGAUUCUUACUGGACUCUGUAAAUCUCACCUGAUGUUUAUUGCAUAAGUUUCUUUUUACCUGUUCGAUUGGAUGUAUCAGCAGACCCAUAGAAGGAGAAUUGGAUUGUGUUGGUGUUAACCAUUUAAAGAUACAGGAGAGGGAAUCAUAGCAAUGGAGGGGAUCUUUGGAGUUGUAUUACUUUUCCAGUUGUUGGCUGUUCGCUUUCAGCACAUAGCAUCAGAGGUCUCAGAAGAGUCUUAUGAUGUUUCUUACACAGCAAACCCAAAUAUAUCUGGCACAGAAAGUGUUAUUGUUGACUUCAGUCACAGAAGGAAACGACAUUCAGUGAUUACAAACAAGCACAAUAUUGGUCAGGAUUUCUCAGACUCAGCAGGGAUCAGUAAUAUGUUUCUUGACGAUGGAAAUGACAAUGGCACAGAGGUCAAGGAAGAUAUGGAUCAUAAAUAUUACUCUUCUAGAAUAUUUGGUCCCAUGGAUUCUGCAAGUAGAGAUUUAUGGGUGAACAUCGACCAAAUGGAAAAGGAAAAAGUUAAAAUUCAUGGAAUUCUAUCAAAUACACAUCGUCAAGCAGCGAGAGUGAACCUGUCCUUUGAUUUUCCAUUUUAUGGACAUUUUCUACGUGAAAUUACUGUGGCUACUGGAGGUUUUAUAUAUACUGGAGAAGUUGUGCAUCGAAUGCUGACUGCCACACAAUAUAUAGCUCCCUUGAUGGCUAAUUUUGAUCCGAGCGUGUCCAGGAAUUCAACUGUCAGAUACUUUGAUAACGGUACUGCUCUUGUUGUUCAGUGGGACCAUGUUCACCUGCAGGAUAACUACAGUCUGGGAAGUUUUACUUUUCAAGCCACAUUAAUCAAUGACGGCCGUAUAGUGUUUGGCUACAAGGAUAUUCCUGUACCAAUAAUGCAGAUAAACUCUACAAACCACCCAGUCAAAGUAGGACUGUCUGACGCCUUUGUAGUUGUGCACAAGAUUCAACAGAUUCCGAACGUCCGUAGACGAACAAUAUUUGAAUAUCACAGAGUAGAGUUGGAAAUGUCCCGUAUCACAAACUUCUCUGCUGUGGAGAUGCUUCCGCUGCCAACCUGUCUAAUGUUUAACAGCUGUGGUCCGUGUGUCACUUCCCAGAUUGGAUUCAACUGCAGCUGGUGUAAUAAUCUCCAAAGAUGUUCCAGUGGAUUUGAUCGUCAUCGUCAAGACUGGGUAGAAAAUGGCUGUCCCGAAGAGUCUAAAGAUAUAGUUUGUGAUGGCCUUCUGCAAACAACCGCAGUUACACAUCACUCAACAACAGGAAUUCAUGUGACAACUUCAAGAUAUUCUUCAAAAAUCACAAGACCGACAACAUUACAUCUUCCCAGCAGUCUCCCUACAGAAGAUGACACAAAGAUAGCUCUUCAUCUAAAGGACACUGGAGCCUCUACAGAUGAGAGUGCAGAAGAGAAAAAAGGUCAAACACUGCACACAGGAUUGAUAAUAGGGAUACUGAUGUUGGUUCUGCUUAUUAUUGCGGCAAUUCUUGUAACAAUCUACAUGUAUCACCAUCCAACGUCAUCAGCUAGUCUCUUUUUUAUUGAGCGUCGACCAAGCAGGUGGCCAGCCAUGAAAUUUAGGAGGGGAUCAGGACAUCCUGCCUAUGCAGAAGUGGAACCUGCUGGAGAAAAGGAAGGGUUUAUUGUUUCUGAGCAGUGCUAGUUUUUUUCUUUUGUUUUUUUUAAGAAUACACCAGUACUGGUUUCUGGUGGGAGACAUUUAAUUUUUGCAUUUUUUUUUCUCCAAGAGAAGCUGUGAGGUACCAAUGCAGAAAAUUGAGAUUUUUUUUAACCAGCUCUAAACAAGAAGCAUUUUUAUGGUAUUCAGCAGACCCUCGCAGUUCUUUGAGGAAUAUUGUAAUACAUAUGAACUCCUUUGGUGGACACCAGUAAUCAAUGGAUAAGUACUCUUCUAUUUUUUUGAGGAGAGCAUUGCAUUAAGGAAAAAACAAAAACAUUUUAUGGUAUUAAUACAACAGACUCCUACUUUUUGUUUAUAUAUUAUUUUUCUGGGUUGAGAUCAAUGAAUUGUGCAUUUUCAAACUCAUAGUAGAAUGACAAAUAGUAGUACAGUAUAAAAGUACAUUACUAUACACAAAAGUGGUCAAGGUACUUGGUUCUUGUUUGCUAGAUUACUGCUAAAUUACUGUGUUUCCAUAAAUACCUAGACCCAAUAUAGCCAAAGUGAUCAGAAUCUUUUUCUCUAGUAGCAUAUUUGCGAAAACGUUUAUUAUAAACAGCACAUUUUAUUUAUGUCCCCAUACAUUCUUCCAUAGUAUCCCAUAUAGCAGUCCCACUCAGCAUUGUACAAAGCUUAACAGAUCUGUGUAUAAGUACAAAGGUGCAGACUGUGCUUUCUCAGGAACGAUUCUAGCAAUUUAAAAACUCAAACGGGUCAGUAUAACAUUAAACAAGGUAUAGAAUUAUUGUGAGAAAAGGAAAGUGUGGAGUGAUACGUAGAUGGGACUCAACUAGCUUCCCCAAAUCUGAUAUGCUCCCAAUAUCAGAUGUAUAAAAAUGUGCAAGUAGUGAUGGGUGUGGGGAGC